GACUCCGUGUUUUAUUGGCCACGUCUUUCUCUCAGCGGGGUUCGGGCGUGUCACUUUCAUCACUGAAAGUAGAAUUGUUAUAUUAGGAUUCUAGUGAUAUUCUUUGGUUUACUUAUUGAAAGAUCACAUUGCCAUUCUAAAUCAGGCAUUGGUACAACUUUCAAGACUUGCCUGAACAAAUUAUCAGGCUGAUGGUGGCCAUGCAUCAAACAUGCAUGUUUCUUGUCCUAUGGACUGGAUCAGUACUUGGUCGCAUACAUGAGCUUAAGUUAGAGCAUGACUCCCGGCGAUACUUUCCUCUUAGUACGUUUGGCUUUCUGACUGGCGGAGACCUGAUUGUCAACAUCACCUCGUUCCAAGUCGAUGACAGCAGCCUGUCUGGCGUGUACGGCUUCACGCUGGACCGCACCAUGAGCGACGCUGUCAACCCAUACCUGGACGGCCACAUGACGCGCUGCACGCUCGCGUCGCCCAUCAGCAGCCAGGACACGUCUGCCGCCAUCAUCUACUUUACCUUUGACCUCAAGCAGAAGCGGGUGCUGCUCAACUGCAGCCGCAGCGUGGCCGACAUCGUGAUCGAGCCCGUUUCGUCGCGCUCGUCGGACGAGGAGGCGCGCAGCAAGCGCGACUGGCUGCUGGGCUCACUGGCCGGCUCGGCGCUCUACAAGCAGCGCCACCGCCGGCUGGCCGCCGCCCCCGACCCGGCACCAGUGUCGGAGCCGCACCCGGAGCCGGCCGUGCCGGGCCAGCAGCGGUGCGCAGGCUUCGCCCCCAUCCUGCUGCAGAGGAGCGACAACACCACUAGCGGUCUGCCAGUCUUCAGCACGGCGUUCGUGAUCCACGUGCUGAACCAUGGUGGCGAGGGCCUCUACAACUUGUUCUUCCAUAACUGUCCCAACUACCAAGAUGACAAGGUGCACGUGAGCAUGACGGUGGAGAUGUCGGAGCAGAAUAUGGACAGCUACCUGUCCGCCGGCGAGAUGCCGCUACCGGCGCUCUACUUCAUGAUGUCUGUCCUCUUCUUCAUCUCCUCCUGCUUCUGGCUCUUUAUACUCAAGAAGAGCAAUCGCGCCGACGUUUACAAGACCCACUACGUCAUGUCGCUGCUGGGCUACAUGAAGGCACUGUCGCUGCUCUUCCACGGCAUCAACUACCACGUCAUCGAGGUCAACGGCUUUCACAUGGAGGCCUGGGCCAUCCUGUUCUACAUCACGCACCUCAUGAAGGGCGCGCUGCUGUUUGUCACCAUCAUCCUGCUGGGCACCGGCUGGACGUUCAUCAAGCACGUGCUGGCCGACCGCGACAAGAAGCUUUUUAUGAUCGUCAUUCCCCUCCAGCUGCUGGCGAACGUGGCGCAGAUCAUUUUGGAGGAGAGUGAGGAGGGUGACUCGGUGCACACCACCUGGCGCGAGAUGCUCUACCUGCUCGAUCUCGUCUGCUGCGGCGCCAUCCUCUUCCCUGUCGUGUGGUCGAUCCGACACCUGCAGGACGCCUCGGAGACGGACGGCAAGGCCGCCAUGAAUCUCAAGAAGCUCAAGCUCUUCCGCCACUUCUACAUCAUGAUCGUCUGCUAUAUCUACUUCACGCGUAUCGUCGUGUACUUGCUGCAGAUAAUGGUGCCGUUCCAGUACGAGUGGCUGGACGACAUGUUCCGGGAGAUGGCCACGUACGUGUUCUUCGCCGUGACUGCGUAUAAGUUUCGUCCGGCAGACAGCAACCCCUACUUCCAGGUGCCGCUGUCUGACGACGAACAAGAGAUGGAUGAGGUCCUGACCGAGUCGGGCGUGACCGAGGGCCUCAGCCGGGUGCGGAACCGCGCCGAGCCGUCCGACGCCGGCGCCGGCGACGAGGACGAGACGCAGACGCUCUCCAAGCGCGAGAGCAGUCACGACUACGACUGAGCCGGCUGGCGGGGCGCUCCAUGGGCGGCACGUGGGCUGUGUGCUGGCAGAGGUGCGGCCGCCCGUCGCCGCCGCCGGGCUCGUACGACUGACGCCCGUGUACACGCGACGGCCAGGGCGGCGUUUUAGCGUUGGGAUCUCGCGGAAAUCGGGUGUGGAGGAGAUGGUGGUACUGAUGUUAGUCCGUGAUUGUGUAAAUAUUGAUGCGGUUGAAUCUGACAUGUGUGGCAGUGUUUAUCAAUGCGGCGCAGUGUCUGGCUCUUAUAUGUGUGCCCAUAUUUUGCGCUUUCUAAAUUGUGGCAUUGCUCAUUUUGAUCUGGCGGACUGUGUGCUCUGUAUCAAGGUCAUAAUUCCUGUUCGCGUCCUGCUGGCGUUAAGUGGCAAUACCAUGAGGUAAAUAAACAAAUACACUGCUUC